GUCGAUGGUUUGAUAGUCACGCAUAUCAGCUGUGCUUGGCCAGAAAUUCAAAUCACAGACCCAAAGCCUUUAAUUGUUCCUGUGGAUUUUCGAGGCAGUUGGCUUACGUGUCUCUUGAUUAAUUUCACCAAGAUCACCUUUGCCUGCCACCCCACGAUGGGUGGGGGUGGUGUUAUAUUGACGUCCCACUAUAUAAGACCUCCAAACAGCCUCGCUGAGAUCAUAUUAAUCACAGCAACUGGUUGGUGAGUGGGAUAGUUACACUUCGUGGGUGUGUCUUGGGAUGGGGGGAGGUCGACGAGCGGCAUUGGAAAGCGACAAUGAAACGCAAUUGCAACCCUUCAUUUGCUAGAUCAACAACAUGUCAACGCAGCAGGAACAGUUGGACUACAUUGAACGCCACUUGUUGCAAGAACUUUUAAAGUUCUUUGGACCGGGCGUGUCCCUGAAGGGCCACCGAGUGGAAUCUGCCAAUGGGCUGGACGGAUUUAUGUCCGCCCUUUUUACCGUGCAUUUGGAUCUCACGAUCGGCGAUCGCAAACGUACGGAGGUCGUCCUGGUUAAGUUUAUGAAGGGAACCGAGGAGUUCCGCGAGCAGAGCAACUCGUACAUCCAGUUCCGUAACGAGGUCUUCGCCUACGCCGAGAUCCUGCCCGCCUACGAGAACCUGCUGCGGAUGAGUAACCUGUCCAGCGAAAUGGUGGCCAACUGGGUGCCGCGCUGCUACUUUGCCAAGUUCGGGAAGGUUGACGGCUUGGGUGGGGGUCAGGAAUCUGUGCUGGCACUGAAGCAUCUCAAGGGCGAUGGGUAUCAGUUAGGUCCCCGUUUAACCCUCCGGCGAGAUCAACUAGAGGCCAUGGUGGGACUGGUGGGUCCUUUCCAUGCUAUCGGCUAUGCCACACGGAUACUGCAACCGGAGGUUUAUGCCCGUCUUAAAUCGGGCGUGGUGGACAUGUCGUUUGUCUCGAGCUCGGGCAAGGCCGGAUUUGAUGUGAGCUACCGAGUAGCGUUCGAUCGCUUCUACGAAUUUUACGAUCGGCGAAAAGAGCAGCUCCUGGGGGAUUCCGAUGCUGGCUUCGCCGCCGCUAUUGAGCGGCUGCGCGUAAAGUACUUCGCUAAUCCCACGCAUUUGCUCGAGAGGAUUCGCACCACAUCCUUAUCGGAAGACCAGCCGGAUAACCAUUUUGUCACGCUCCUGCAUGGCGACUACAAUCGCAACAACGUGCUCUUCCACCACAGCGACAACGGCCAGGUGGAUGGCAUCAAGACCAUAGAUUUCCAGGAGCUGCGCCUCAGCACAACGGCCAUUGACCUAAGCUUCUUUAUGUACAUGAACACGCCCUCCGAAGGAAGGGAGGAGAUCUUCGCGGAUCUGCUCAACAGGUACCACAAGCACAUGAUCGAAAUGCUGGAGCAGCUGCUACAUGCCAACCGGGAUAAGCUGAGCGACGAGCGGGUGGAACAGCUCCUGGCGGAUUACAGCUUUGAACGCUUCGAGUCGCACUUUAAGCGAUACGCCUUUUACGGGGUUAUGGUCGUCAUGCAUUUCAUGCCUUGUAUUCUCGGCAACGAAACCGAUUGCGCCGAGUUGACCCGGCUCUUCGAUACAGACAUGCAUGGUCAGGCCUUUUAUCGACUAUCUUUGGAUAUUGGCGGUGACGUGGCCAACGAGGAGGUCUUCAAGGCUGUGCGCCACGCCUACGAACAUGGCUACAUGGACGAUAUAUAGAUACCGACUUUAAAUAGUACACGCAGAGCAAAUAGUUUAUAUAAACGAGUACGGCACAUUAAAUAGUCCGACUAUUACAGUCCCAA